CCCAUCCACAUUCAGAGUCAACAGCAAUCAUAUCUGAAUGUCACUGUCGCAUACCCAGUAAUCUCUGUGGCGUCUGCGACUUCUGCCAUCUGCUGCAGUCAUGACCGACCAUCAUCGUCAGCAAGGUCUAACGUAUUAAUGUGUCGACACGUUAGGGAUCAAUAAUUAUAUGAUUGGCACGCGGUAUUUACAAGACCAUUCAUAACUCAAAUUACCACCAGUUCCCUGCCGUCCUUGUGUUUCAAUCAUGCUGCAGCUGCCUGACUUGCGCGUUUCUAACAACACCCAGCUUGCCCUCGGUACUGCAGCUUGUCUUGGGGUAGUAGGAGUGAUUUCUUGGGCUUUCCUCCCAAAAUCAGGGAGCGAUCUCCCUCUUCCACCCUCCCCCUUCACUUGGAGACUUCGGGGACACUUCAUAUCCCCUCGCAACCCAUUUCUCACUGUCGCAGGAUGGAUUGACGAGCACGGUCCUCUAAUCACCAUUCGAUCAGGAACUGAGAAAAUCGUUAUUAUCGGCCGUCAUGGCGCCGUUGUAGAUAUCAUGGAGAAGCAGGGAGGGUCACUAGCUGAUCGCCCUCGCCUCAUUGCUGCUGGAGAAAUUCUUAAUGGUGGACUUUCCGUCAUCCUCACACCUGCUGGGAGCAUGUGGCGUCGGAUGCGUAGAGCACUUCAUACGCAUCUCCAGCCUAAAUCAGCUGAGGAAUAUCAGCCCCUGCAGAUGUCACACGCAAAGAACAUGGUCCUCGACAUCCUUCAAGAUCCAGCCAACUUCCAGAACCAUGCGGCAACUUAUGCUGCAACAACGAUUACGAAAGUUGCAUACGGAAAGACCACUCCUACAUCUACUACUGAUCCUGAAGCCAGACUUAUCCGCGAGAACUUUCAAUUACUUCGUAAAACCCUGCGCCCUGGUGCUUAUCUUGUUGACGUAAUCCCGUGGCUCAAAUACCUUCCUUGGUAUGCCCAAGAGUUGAAACGGGGGUUUGAGAGGAACAGGCAGCUCAACACCGGCCAGCUGAACCGCGUAAAACAGCAAAUGCAGAGCAAUGUGGACGUCGGCCCUUCAUUCGUGAAAUAUAUGCUGGAAAACGUCCAACCCCAUGACUUGACAGAGACAGAGAUGGCUUUUCUGGCCGGCAGUUUCUAUGCAGCAGGAUUUGAUACGACUACUUUGGCGAUAUGCACAGUGCUCAUGGCAGCCGCAUGUUUCCCCGACGAGCAAGCUAAAGUCCAAGCAGAGCUGGACGUGGUCGUAGGAAGGCAUCGAGUACCGACCUUUGCUGACGAACAAUCCCUCCCUCAAUUGCAUGCCUUCAUCUCUGAGGCCUUGAGAUGGAGACCGUUGGUUCCCAGCGGAUUGGCUCACCGAACGACCAAGGAGGUGGUUUGGAGAAACUAUUGCAUUCCGGCUGGAACUACGGUAAUCGGUCAUCAUUGGUCCAUCUCUCGAGACCCAGAAGUCUUCCCAGAACCUCAUGCUUUCAAGCCUCAACGCUGGAUUAAUGACCAAGGUCGCCUUGGGGACGAUCUUAAAUUCUUUGUCUUCGGGUUUGGUCGUCGUGUAUGCCCCGGUCAACACGUUGCGACUAGAUCGGUGUUCAUCACCUCUCUCUUGAUUCUUUGGGCCUUCCGUCUGACUUUGGAUGCUACGAAGUCGUUGGAUGACAUGGGGUUCAUGAGGGGAGAGAACCAGCCAUCCUUUAUUGAAUUCAAGGCGAGGGCUCCGGAGACCGAGCUCAAGCGGAUGAUGCAGGAUGAUCCUGAAGUCGUGUGAGAAACUUUGAAGACGAUAAGAUCUACUUCAGGUCACCUCAGUGAAAAAAUAUUUUGAGUGCUAGCACUGGUGCUGGAGCUUAGAUGCAAACUUCCUUGCUUUCGGAUUGAGUAUCAUUCAUAGUCUAGACACAGUGUGAAGUUGAUUGAUAAAUUGGGUUAUCGUGCCGCGUCUUGGCCG